CGGGAGUGGAGCGAGCUUUCCGGAUGUAGCCGACGUCCCACACAUUUAUUGUAAACAUGGCGUCCGUGACAACAGCCACCUCAGAGUGGAUUCAGUUUUUUAAGGAUGCUGGGAUCCCAGCCGGCCUCGCAGUCACUUAUGCAGUCUCCUUCGUGGACAACAGAAUUCACAAGAACAUGCUGAUGGACCUCAGUAAAGACAUCAUGAUGGACCUCGGCAUUACAGUUAUUGGCGACAUCAUUGCCAUUCUUAAACAUGCCAAGCAGGUCUACAGGCAGGACAUGUGCAAAAUGGCCACUGAAGCCAUCUCCUCAGGACAGACCAGUGUUAAAGCUGAGCUCAGAAGAACUGCCAAUACUCCUGCCACUCGUAUGAUUGCCAAUGCUUUGAGCAAUGACUCCCCGCCGGCCACUCCAGCCCGUCGACCUGACAACCGCCUCUCGGUCACAGUGUCCAACAUGCAAGCAAACAAGAGUGGCAAAGCAGUCGUAAGUCAGCCAGCUGACGAGGGAAACGGUUUGCCAGCAGUGAAGCGUCGCCGUGUAACAGCUGAGAUGGAAGGCAAGUACAUCAUCAACAUGCCCAAAGGCUCCACGUCUCGUACACGCCGCAUCCUGGCCCAGCAGGCCAAGAAAGGUUUGAAUCGCACCUCUGUGUUUGCAAGACUUGGGGCUGAAUCAAAGGCAGACACAACAACCAGCAACAACAAGCCCACCGGUGUGUUCAGUCGUCUUGGCAGAGGGGAUGAGGAGCAAGACGGGCCGAGGCCAGGCAAAACGGCUGGAAACGUGGAUGUAGAUGACGAGGAGGACAGUGAUGGAGAAGGCUCCGUCCUCCAGUAUGCCGGCGUCCUCAAGAGAAGCCUUCCCUCCCAGAAGAAAGAGCCAGCCACGAAACCAGCCCCGACCACCCUGCGGCGCCUGGGAGGCAAAUUCAAACUACCUCCUUCUGACACUCCCACCUCCUCUUCUUCCUCCCCUAAUGGCAUCCCCCCUGCCAAGGUUAGUGUGCUUCAGAGACUGGGGAGGCUGCCUGCCACGCACCUGAGUGCCGCUGUGUCGCCAACACCUGCUGACACACAGGACAACAGGGUGACUAGCACCAGGCCCAAAGCCCAGGAGGGGCCGACCAUAGCAAGCUCCAAGGUCAGCAGCAGCACUGGGACCGGAGUAGGGGGGGGAGGAGAGUCUCUGGGUGCCCAGAUGGACAUUAGGGCUAUCAGUGUUUUUAAGAGACUGGGCAGUAAGAGAACCUAACACAUAAAUCUCUCAAAGUAUUCAGACUCUUUCUAUGCUUCCUUUUAUAGAAUUUGUAUCACUCCCCUUUCUGCAUUUAUCCUGGCAACAUGUAGGACAGCAAGUUGGAGUGUUUCUUUUGUUCAGCAUGAGUCUAUUGAUGGUUAAAUGCUGCUUUGUGGCUUUAGGGUUAUUUUUAAAUAAAAAGCGAUGAUUUUUGUUUACACGUUAGUCAUGUUGCCAUUGGAAAACCACCUUUUGUUUAGUGUCCGAAGAUUUUUAAUUUGAGGACUCAAACUUCUCUGUGUAUUAUGUUGCUCAACCAGAUAGCUAACGAUAUUAAUUAUACCUGCCAUUUCAACCAAGCUGCCAUAAUGGUGGUUUUCAUUUUACCCCAUAACUCCACAUAUAAGGAUGCUGCUGCCUAAACUUCCCUAUUUUGAGAGUCCUCCUGAGUAGAUGAAAGUUGUUCUCCAAGGGGAAUUAUGUGGUCAUUUAGUUGAUGUUUGCCUGAACGUGAAUUAUUUCUGAUGUAAAAGAUACAGAUAGAACUUUCUUUUUCACACCUCAGGCAAGUUAGGUUUAUUCUUCAAGUUAACACACAGGACAGCAAUCGGACGUAAGACUAGCCGUGAAGUGAUGGUUUAAUCUUCUUGUUACCUUUACCACCUCAGUACCUCCUCUUUCAUGUUUGGAAAGUAUAAAUAAUGUUGAUGAAAGGCUUCUUAACUUAAGCCCCGGACUUGUUAAGCGAGUAGGUAAAUUCACAUGGUUACACAGAACAAGCUUCUGAACUACGAUGGCGUAUUGGGGCCAUUGUAGGAAGAAGAAAAAAUAUUACGCAUAUCUGUUCCCUCUGCAUCUCUAACUGGAGAAUUCAAAUGGGAUGUGUGGUACAUCAGGACAAAAUACGACCGAUCACCACUGCCGGCAUAAUAAGUAGCAAGCAGCGGCCAACUGUGGUGCGAUGUGGUUGAUCCAACCUUGCAAAGUGAAGCAAUGUGGUACCUUGACAAAGAGUUAUUUUGUCGCAAAUGUAUUGUCAGAGAAUAUUCAAGAUUUUGUCUCGUAAAUGUACCACUUUCAUCUGAAAUUUUGAGUUUUUCCUCAGAAUAUUAUUACCCCCCUUCCGCCGGCUCUGUAAUAUUAUAUUAUAAUGUAUAUUCUUCCCUACAAUGACCCUAAUACGUCAUACUGAACACUUGAAAAAAGCACCGCACCUCCUCGUCUUCUUCUGUGCUUUAUGAAGUAGAAGUUCACACCUCUGAACUAAAGAUGCCCAUGACUUUCUACCAUAGGAUUGAACAAUUUCUAUAACCACCUACUUAAAGACCGGGUCAGUAGAAUAUUGUUUAUUUUAAAAUGCAAUGUAUAGAUUUGUUAGACUUGGUUGCAAACAGCACAGGACCAGUUCUGCUGCAUAUUUUUCUAUGUGGACAUUGUUGUAUCAUGUAUCCAUGUAAAGAAACUCAGAGAUGCCAUCAGGCCUGGUGUCGGGGCCACUGUAGUUCUCAGUAGGUAGUUCACCUUUACCCAGUAUGGGCCAUUAACACCUGUGUACUAUUUUGGUCUUUCUUCACACCAGAACGUUGUUACACUGUAAAUAUUUGAAUUGUUUAAAAUCACUUUACGCAAUUUUUAUUGUUUUAAAGAACAAAGUUGAGCAAAAAACACCAUGAACUGACGUGAUUUUUAAAAAAGAUAUUGAGGGGAAAAAGUUCUUAAAUUAAAGUGUGCUUGGAAAACAAUUAAAAGAGAAAAAGGGUCCAAACAUCUUUACUCUUUUUGGUUCUUUCUUUAAAGGAGACGUUUACUAUGCAUGUCAUUGUCACAUUCUGUACUUUCAAACUCUAAACUAUCACCAUGGCAGCUAAGUCAACAUUAAUAUUCCCUUGAGAACAUUUAGCUGAUCGUUUAUCAAUAAACCCGUUAAACUACCA